GAGGGGCACGAGACGUUUAUAAGAGCGGUGUCUCGCGUUGAGGAGCGAUUGGAAUAUAAUUUAAUUGUUCUCAACAUGGCUCGGCUCGUAUUACUGCUCUCGGGCUUCGCUCUUUGUGCGUCGGUUGGCCAUGCACAAAAUGAUCCAAAACCUAAGCCAACAGUGUUCCCAGCAUCUCCGUUUGACGCUGAAGCCGAUGCCGAUAAUCUGCACGAAGCAAUGAAUUCGCAGCAACAGUCCAAUCCAUUGGCCAUCGAAUCCAUCCUGUCGCGACGCAGUCUCAAACAAAGACUCCAAAUUGCGGAAAAGUACAAACAGAGUUUCAGAAAGAACCUGGAAAACGAUGUAUCAAAAUUCGCAGAAAACUGUUUAGUUUGUUCCUCGUUCGGGCAAAUGAGCGAGCUUAUGUUUAGUCCUCUGCCCGUGCAGUACAGCCAUCAUCUAAGUAAAGCCAUGGUUGGUCCGGGGACGACCGAGUCGGUGCUCACCGAGAUACUUUGUGGCAGCAAAAACAACAUGAUCAGGAACAUCACCCAGGCGUACGCCGAGAGGUACGACGGCAAGAGCUUACUGGCCGAUCUAGAAGACGAGACCUCCAGCGAUCUGAAGAAACUGUUGGUGCUGUUGAUGCGGGCGAACCGCUCCGAGACGUACCAAGUGAACGCCCAGGCUGUGAACGAUGACGUGUUGGCGCUGUUCAACAACACCGACAUCAACUGGUGUGAAGACUCCAGCAGGCUGAAUGAGGUGCUGGCGCUGCGCAGCUUCCCGCACGUCCGCAGGGUCUUCCACGAGCUGUCCCGCAAGACCGGAAAGACCAUCACAGAUAUUGUCAAUGAACAAUUCUACUUUGGCAACAAAAAAGGAUACGUCGCAUGCGUGCGCGUGAUGCAAGAACCACAGGAAUACUUUGCUGAUGUUUUGAACGAUGCAAUCAAGGGUUUGGGUACUAACGAUGAUGCCUUGAUCCGUGUUACCCUGACCAGAUCGGAGAUCGACCUGGAAACCAUCUCGGAAAAGUACGAGCAGAAAUACGGAGACUCAGUCAUUGACAGCAUUAAGAGAGACACCGGAGGUACCUACAGGAAAAUGCUGACGGCCUUUUUCGGCGGGGAUGAUUGAGGCAUUAACUUCAUAAUUAGGUGGACCAGAAAAUUAAUUUUCACGUCACGAAGCGUUUGAUGUCUACUAAAUUUGUUAUUUAUAUGAAAAUAAUAAAAAAUAUUAAUUAAUAACUCGA